AUGGAGGCGAAUGAGGGCGGAAGCCAGGGCGGGGCGGCGCUUCCGUCGGCGCCGAAGCCCUCGCGCGGCCCCUCUAUGCUGCAGAAGAUGUCCGCGAGGAGCCAGCGCGGGGGGUGGGAGUCGCAUUCGCGCGAGGGCAGCUCGCGGGGCAUCAGGUCUGGCGCGAGCCUGCGGAAGUUCACGAGCCUGAGGCGCGGCAUGCUCGCGUCGGGGGAGACGCAGGAGGACGUGGAGAAGGAGCUCAAGAUACCGGCCUUCAUCCGCAUGCAGCAUGCCACUGAGCAGCGGAAGAACCAUGCGAGGCGGCUGGCACCCAUGGACAAAGGCGGCGUGAUGUACCAGUUCGAGCGCGCCAUGCUCGGCGUGCCCGCGCUGAUCGGCGCGGGGCAACAGGCCGGCAAGUCGCGCGUGCAGUGGGUGGGCAGCCUCGAGCCCGACGCCGGGGGCCGCGCGAAGGGCGCCUGGAGCAACUUCUCGCGGCUCUGGCACCUCGUCUCGCGCGACUUCUUCACCACCGUCGUGAACAUGCCCUUCCACUACGUCACCCUCGUCACCUUCGCCGUAUACCUCCUCUCCAUCCUGCUCUUCAGCGCCAUCUGGCACGGCAUCGCCGCAGCGGACCCGGACUGCUUCACGGAGUUCAACGAGGGUUGGCACUCGGCGUGGGCCUUCUCGAUCGAGACGCAGAUCACGAUCGGGUACGGCUUCCGGAGCCCGACCGACUGCGUGUCCACGUACUGGGUCAUGUUCGUCCAGUCGAUGGUCUCCGUCGUCAUCAACGCCGUCUUCAUUGGGGUCAUCUUCGCGCGCAUCUCGCACCCGUCGUACCGCGCGCGCUCCGUGUUCGUGUCCGAGUCCGUCUGCCUCGCGCGGCGCGACGGCACGCUGUGCCUCAUGUUCCGCGUCGCGGACAUCCGCCCGACGCCCGUCGUCGACGCGCGCGCGUCGGCGUUCCUGUACGUGUGGGGCCCGGGGCGCCGCACGGCCGAGGGCGAGAGCGUGCCGGUGCAGGUGUACGAGCUGCAGCUCCCGGACGUGAACGGGCGCAUGCUGCUCCCGCUCGUCGUGUGCCACGAGGUGUCGGAGGCCAGCCCGCUGUACGGGCACACGCACGAGAGCCUGACGUCGCUGGACGCGGAGAUCGUGUUCUGGCUGCAGGGUACGAGCGACAUCGGCUCGACGUUCCUCGUCCGGCGGUCGUACCUCGCGCGGGAGAUCCAGUGGGGGUGUGUGUUCAAGAGCUGCAUAUAUAAACCGAAGCUCACGGCGGGGGACGGCGACGCGGACGCGGACGCGCGCGGGCAGUCCGGCGCGCGGUACAAGGUCGACCUGUCCAAGUUCCACGACGUCGAGCCGCAGCCGGGCCUCCCAGAAGCCGAGGACAUGCAACAGGUGUCGCUGUUCGUGGUGCGCGAGCAGCCGUCGGCGCAGGCGCCGCUGCCGUUCCCGGAGCCCGGCGAGGGCAACGCGCUUGUGCUGUCGAACAAGGCGGUCGUGAUGCCGCGGGAGGACGGCGCCGCGGUGGCGGUGCGCGUGGCGGACACGCACACCGCGCAAAUCGUGGCUGCGACCGCGCGGAUGUACCUGUACCGGUGGAAGGAGCUGGACCUGGCGGAUCCGGACGCGGGGAUCGUGGCGCCGGCGGACAUGCAGGCGCUGGGGCUCGAGGGGCAGCGGGAGGGCCUGAGUCAGGUGGAGAGGGUUCUACCGGUGGGGUUCGAUGCGGGCGGGGAGCAGCUGUGGCUGCGGUUCCCAACAGAGCUGCGCCACGACACGUCGGCGAGCGGGUCCCCGCUCGCGGCGUGGUCGUCGCCCGAGGGCCUCCUUGCCGACGCGGGUUCCGAGCUCGUCGUGGUCGUGGAGGGCACGCACCUCGGCACCGGCAGCACCGUGAUCCGCCGCCGCACGUACCGCGUGCCGGAGGACGUCCUCUGGGGCGCGGAGUUCGUGCCCAUGGUGUUCCGCCCCAAGCCCCAAGGCAUCCUCAGCGCGCCGCUCGGCAGCACGCUCGGCAGCACGCGCAACCUCCCGGAGCUCAAGCGGUUCCCGCGCGUGCUGUGGAAUCGCUUCCACGCCACGCGGUCCGUCAUGUCGAAGCUCGGCUUCCGCCAGGCGCGCGCGUCAUCAGUGUUGGAGGGCGGGGAGCAGGAGCCGCGCGGGAGCGCGCCCGCGGUGGGCUCUCACGGGAGGGCGGGGUCCGAGGUGGGGUCGGUUCACUUCACGGAGGGGUCGCUUGGGGGGGAGCCGCUGGGGGUGAGUGCCGAUGAGCUGCGGGCGUACUGGCCGGCGCUCGACGGGGAGGGGUCGCGGGCGGUGAUGGUGGCGGAGGCGAUUGCGGGGAAGCGGUCGCGGAGCUUCGACGACCUGACGGAGUCGGGCGGCGAGGGUUGA